CCCCGUCCUCGCGACGUCUCACUCUCGAUUCCCUCGGCCUCUUUUUUUUUUCUUUCCUCUUUUUCUUUGUGUCCACCACAGUCUUUCCAACGCGUUGCAGAGAAAGAUGAAGAAGCAUUUCCGGCCGCUGUUCGAAACUUGCUAUCAGCCAACUACGAUCCAAUCCACAAGUUCCACCAGAGGUUCCUCAAAGAGGCGGAGCAGAGACUGGCACAAUGGGAGGGCCGAUCUAACGCCCACAUCAAAGGAGACUAUCAACGGAUCGGCGAUGUCCUCCUGAAGAACAUUCAGAGUCUGAGGGUAAUGUCCGAUUCCGUGGAAACGGAAUCGGACGUCAGGGUUAAAGCCCCGCCUCCGUUGCCGUGUCUCAGGUCCAGUCGCAAGGCGGAGGCUCUGUGCGCCGAACUGGAGCAGCAGAGGGUCUGCUACCUCCCCCUCAACGUCUUCCUCCUGCGGCCUCUGCACCGCCUGCUGCACUACAAACUCAUCCUGGAGAGGCUCUGCAAGCACUACCCGCCCACCCACGAAGAUUUCAGGGACUGCAGAGCGGCCCUGGCGGACAUCAGCGAGAUGGCGCUGCAGCUGCAAGGCCCCAUGAUGAAGAUGGAGAACUUUCAAAAGCUUCUUGAGCUGAACAAAGAUCUGACCGGCAUCGACAAUCUGGCCAUCCCUGGCAGGGAGUUCAUCAGACUCGGCUGCCUCAGUAAGCUGUCGGGGAAAGGCCUGCAGCAGAGAAUGUUCUUCCUGUUCAGCGAUUCCCUGGUGUACACGAGCCGGGGGACGACUCCGUCCAACCAAUUCAAAGUCCACGGCCAGCUCCCCCUCUUUGGCAUGACGAUUACAGAGAGCGAGGAGGAGUGGGGCGUCCCUCAUUCGUUUACCCUCUUUGGACAACAGCAGUCGGUGGUGGUGGCAGCCAGCUGCGCAGCCGAGAUGGAGCGGUGGGUGGAGGACAUCAGGAUGGCCAUUGACCUGGCCGAGCAGAGCGACGGCCCCCACAUGGAUCUCCUGUCCACCAGCCCCUCAGAUAAUAAGCUGCUGGAGGAAGGCGGGGCCGAGCGCGAGUCCGAGGAGGAGGAGCUGCGUGGAUCGCGCUUAUCGCUGGAGCGCCAAGCUCAGCGCGCCAACACCACCGUGCACGUGUGCUGGCAUCGCAACACCAGCGUGUCCAUGGUGGACUUCAGUAUUGCUGUGGAGAACCAGCUCUCCGGGAACCUGCUGAGAAAGUUCAAGAACAGUAACGGGUGGCAGAAACUCUGGGUGGUCUUCACCAACUUCAGCCUCUUUUUCUACAAGUCCCACCAGGACGACUACCCCCUGGCCAGCCUUCCUUUGCUCGGCUACUCCGUCACCAUCCCGUCCGAGUCGGAGAACAUCCACAAGGACUACGUCUUCAAACUGCACUUCAAGUCCCACGUCUACUAUUUCAGAGCGGAGAGCGAGUACGCGUUUGAACGGUGGAUGGAGGUGAUCCGCAGUGCCACGUGCUCGACCAAUCGCUCCCUGCCAAGCACCAGAAAAGACCUUUAUUGAUUCCCCCACAACCACCACCAGGUGAAGAUCUGGAUUCUCAGCUGCUUUCUCGCCAGAAAGACUUUAAAUCCGCACCAAAGCAUGCCGCUUUGCACUCGUUAAUAUCCGCAAAAAGUCUUUCCACCUCCAGUACACACACACACACACACACACACAGACGGCAGGUUCCUCACCGCCACCAUUCACUUUCUGCACAGCUUGUGAGUAUUCAUAAUGUUUUCCUACUCCUGGCAAGUCCCGCCCCCUCCCCCGUCACAAACCUGACUGAAUCGUUUGACAUUUACUGCAAUUGGUUGGCAUUGUGCCGGUCCGAAAUCAUUUGACAAACACGUUGAAGAUGAUCAUUCUGAUCUUGGGUUCAACGGAUUCGCUUUGCGUGACAAUCCAUCGACACGAGU